GGAUCCGAUGACUGGAUCCUGCAGAUCAAAUACGUUCAGAAACGAGACAAUGGCACCUACGAGUGUCAGGUGUCGACGGCGGUGGGCACGCUGUCGCGGCUGGUGCACCUGCACAUCGCCGUGCCCGAGGCGUUCAUCCUAGGCGCUGAUGAGCACCACGUGGACGCCGGCUCCACCAUCAACCUUGUCUGCAUCAUAGAGAAGAGUCCAGUACCGCCGCAGUACGUGUUCUGGUACCACAACGCGCGCAUGAUCAACUACGACGCGGCGCGCGGCGUGACCGUGGUGACCGAGCCGGGGCCCAAGACGCAGUCGGCGCUCGCCAUCCGCGCCGCCGCGCCGCACCACUCCGGCAACUACACCUGCGCCGCCGCCAACACCGAGCCCGCCCACAUAUACGUAUACGUCUCCGAAGGCAGUGACAAGAUGGCGGCCACACUGAGCCGCAACACGAGCAGUGCGCCGCCGUACCGCUACCGCGACCUGCUGUUCGUCGUUUUAUUAGUUUACACGAAUUUAAUUCAACACAUAGCGGCGGAAAAUAGGCCGCCAGUGUGAACCGCGCCCAAACGCUUCUCGGGCCGGUUCUAGACUGAAGUGUUGUGCUCCACGGUGAUUUUGAAGACAAUAAUCGCAGUGAGUUGUGCUGCUUGACACGGACAAGUCGAUGUUGGACAAAAGUUAUCUUGAAUAAUGCUGUAUAUCAUAUGAGCAAAA